AUGCAUUUCCCACCAGGAUCCAACAAUCGCUUGAAUGGCGCGGGUGAAAAUGUUGCAAACAAUGCCAGACUCUCUGAUUCACAGGUGGGCCGCCCUUAUCCAACACUCAAUUUACUUUUUUGCACAAGCCUAAAAAAAUUAACUCCUUUUUUUUUCAGCCCAAACGUUUAGAUAUAUUAGAGCAUUGCUUCCUUGAAAAGGAGAAAUAACGCUCGCCUGAAAUGUCGAAUUAUGUGAUCGCAGCGAGACCAGUCUAAAUAUGGCUAGAGCUUUUCUAUUUUAGUUUUAGUCUUGGAUUAACUCCAAAUUUUUAAUUUAAGUAACUUAAAAUGUCUUCCCAUAAUUUCAAGGCUUUAGAGUUCAAUUACUCAAACAAUAGUCGUAGUUGUUGUCAGUGCUCAUAAUUCCAUGGACUGUAAACGGAUCUGCUUUCUAAUGGAAGUGUGUAUGAGAGGUAGCUUGGAAAUUCGUAGGUCUAACAAACUCGUCAGAGCGCAUUCUAUUUGUCUCUUGAAGUCUAGCAGGUUUUCCGAAGUUCAAAGACGGGGAUUUCUAAGAGAGAAGUCAAAACCUAUUUCUUUCUUAAUAGAGUCAGAACUUCCGACAAAAAAAAAAUAAUAAUAACAUUCAUCUCUGUUUAUUUUCUUUUUAGAACAACGACAAGUGCGGAUACAAUGUGGGUGACAAAUACGAUGAUAACCCAGGAGACAAUAUCUCUGAGAACAGACAAGAACCAAUGGUAAGGCACACUGAUAGUCAGUGAGCUGGAAUCGGGGCCAAGGGGUAAAGCCCUGUCAGCGGGGGAACAACACUCUUAGCUACGCCACAGAAACCGCGAGAAACUCCCGUGGAGCGGAUCACUAGGCGUGUAAGCUGCCUGACCCUUCUGAAGUAAAACACCUUAUUAGAUAUGCAUGUGCAUUAUAUUUUACAAUUAGCUUGUAAAAGUUGUGAAAAACAAAGGUGAAAAUUUAAUUUUUUUUUUUUGGAAUUUUACACGAGUAGAUGUUCCUCUCAUGCGUAAACUGAAGUGGAUAUCAUGCGGACAAAUCAGCAUGGAACAGGACCAAAGACUGACGACAGGGUAGAAACACAAGUCAUUUUAAAGUACAUGUGCCAGCCGUUCCCGGAUAGAAAGAUGCCCACAGGUGAUGUGGAUGCUGACUACGAAUAUCACACCAUUCGAAAUGGUCAAACAGCCACUUCUAACACAUUUGCUGACCAUUCUCCGGAGUCACAUCAAAUUUCGAAACAUAACGGACUUCAUGAGCUGCACAAUUACUAUCAAGCUUAUUAUCGCAGAUAUAGAAAUAAAGGUAAGAUUUCUGUUUCUCUCUCUCCUUCUCUCUGUGCCUCUACCAAUCUUAGUUUAGUAUUUGUAAGGUCUUUACCCAAGGGAACAGUUACUGUGGCAACCAUCUUACAAGGCAAUAUUGCUUUCUAUCUCUCUCUUUCUCUCUGUGCCUGUAUCCAUCAAUCUUAGAUUAGUAUUUAGAAGGUCUUUACCCAAAGGGAACAGUUAUCGUAGCAACCAUCUUACAAAUCAGAAAGGUAUAAAUGCAUCAAGAAAUUUAGUAAUUUGUGUUUCAAAACACCAAAUCUGCGUGAAAUAAAUUGUGUUGUACAAAGAAUCGAUAUGUGUUCAGUAACAGAGAAUAUUUUUAUCCUUCACAGGUUUGUUCACCGCUGACCAACCGCUUGCUGGCGAUUUAUCAAUUUACACACGACAGAAUUGUCAAGGUACCAUAAGGGGCGUGGACGUCCCCGAAGAACGCGAUUACUAUCCGUACAGGGGACCCACACCAUAAAAGGACAUUGCUAUCCUUGUCAGCGAUGAAAAGACUGAGGGGCUGAUGAAGAAAUACGUUAAUAGUCCCAAUUAUGGGCUCAAAUGUAAGGCAUAUCACCAGCAAUACUCGAUCAUGAUCGUUUCUAUUCCUCUGAUACUUAUUUCUUACUUUCCAUUUUAGAUAUGUGUAUUAUGUCUAAAGUGCUGAAAGAUUAA